GGCGGCGGCCGUGCUUGGUAGUGAGGGCGGGAGGGAGUGAGUCACUGAGCGUGUGUGAGGGAGGGAAGGAGCAAGCGGGCGAGCGAGCAGCCCGCGCCGUCCGUCCGCAGCACCAGCCAGGCCCCGCCGCCGCCCCGCAGCCCAGCGCCGAGGCCGGGCCGAGCCGAGCUGGGUCGGGCCCGGGCCAUGCUGCUCACCGUGUACUGUGUGCGGAGGGACCUCUCCGAGGUGACCUUUUCCCUCCAGGUCGACGCCGACUUCGAGCUGCACAACUUCCGCGCGCUGUGCGAGCUCGAGUCCGGCAUCCCCGCAGCCGAGAGCCAGAUCGUCUAUGCUGAAAGACCCCUCACAGACAACCACAGAUCGCUGGCUUCCUACGGCUUGAAAGAUGGGGAUGUCGUGAUUUUACGACAGAAGGAGAAUGCAGACCCUCGACCUCCAGUGCAGUUCCCAAACUUGCCCCGCAUAGACUUCCGUAGCAUAGCCGUGCCUGGCACGUCAGGCUCCCGGCAGCGCCGGCCACCAGGAGCACAGCAGUCCCACUCAUCUCCCGGAGACAUAGCUUCAUCUCCUCAGGGCUUGGACAAUCCAGCCUUGCUCCGAGACAUGUUGCUGGCCAACCCCCAUGAGCUGUCCUUGCUGAAGGAGCGCAAUCCACCCCUGGCGGACGCUCUGCUCAGUGGAGACCUUGAGAAAUUUUCUAGGGUCCUGGAGGGACAGCAGCAGGACCGAGCCCGGAGAGAGCAAGAAAGGAUUCGUCUCUUUUCUGCCGACCCUUUUGAUCUUGAAGCUCAGGCAAAAAUAGAGGAAGAUAUAAGGCAACAGAAUAUCGAGGAAAACAUGACAAUAGCUAUGGAAGAGGCUCCUGAAAGUUUUGGCCAAGUGGUGAUGCUUUAUAUUAACUGCAAAGUGAACGGACAUCCUGUGAAAGCCUUUGUUGACUCAGGUGCCCAGAUGACUAUUAUGAGCCAAGCUUGUGCAGAAAGGUGUAAUAUAAUGAGGCUGGUGGACCGUCGGUGGGCAGGGAUUGCCAAAGGAGUGGGCACCCAGAAGAUUAUUGGAAGGGUACAUCUAGCUCAGGUUCAAAUUGAAGGAGAUUUCCUGGCGUGCUCUUUCUCUAUACUUGAGGAACAGCCUAUGGACAUGCUUCUGGGACUGGACAUGCUGAAACGGCAUCAGUGUUCCAUCGACCUCAAGAAAAAUGUGCUCGUGAUCGGCACGACAGGCUCACAGACCACCUUCCUGCCCGAGGGAGAGUUACCGGAGUGUGCCCGAUUGGCGUAUGGGGCGGGGCGAGAGGAUGUGCGGCCAGAAGAGAUUGCAGACCAAGAAUUAGCAGAAGCUCUUCAGAAAUCCGUGGAGGAUGCAGAGAAAAGUGGUAAAGAAACUACCUCACUGGGAAUGUCAUCCUUACCAACUUCAGAUGGAUUUAACCAUCCAGCCCAUCCUUCAGGACAGAGUCCUGAGAUUGGUAAUCCUAUGAGUCUUGCUCACUCUGUCUCUGCUUCAGGCUGCCCUUUCGAGCCCAGUGACCCUGACAGCAUUGAACCUAAAGCUCUAAAGGCUUUGAAGGCUUCUGCCGAAUUCCAGAUAACCUCUGAAAAGAAAGAACAUCUUCCUCCACGGGAUCUUUCUGAUUGUGCUUCUUCAGCAGACAGCGCUCCAGCCAUGCCUCUGCAGAAUUCAUCCGAAGAAGCCAUUGUUGCAGAGAAUAUGGAGAAAUCUGCUGAAAGAAGCACCCAGGGCCUCAGAUCUCCUCUCCACACAAGACCGCAAGCUAGUUUAUCUGUCACGACUGCUAGUGUGCAAGAACCACCGGGGUUUCUAGGUGAAAAGGGUUGGCAUCCAGAAAGUCAGAACCCGAGUCAAGGGAACGGCCUUCAGCAGCACAAAGAACCAGGGAAUGAACAGCAUGAGGUUGUACAACAGAAUGCUCUACAUGACCAAGAACAGGAACAUCUCUGUAACACAGAGGACUUUGAACUUCUUGGAGAAAGGCAACAGAAUCCACAAAGAAGUGUUGAUUUAGAAGCUACAAUGAAAGAAGACAGGCUACAGCAGAAUGUGGACCUUCCAGGUACAGAGGAAAAUACUCUACCUUCAGGAUGCUGUGGCUGCCCCCAUUCAGAAACACUCAUGGAAGUGGAUACAGUUGAAGAGUCCCUAGUGGCUGUGCCUAACUCAGCGGAUGGUCAGAAUGCCAAUGUCAAGAACAUCGGUGCACCCGAUCUCACCUUAGAUAAUCCCCUGAUGGAAGUAGAAACAUCAAAAUGUAACCCUUCGUCCGAAAUUUUGAGUAAUUCAAUUUGCACUCAGGAUUUACAGCUCCCAGACAAUAACGUUGAAAUGUCUGGAACAAAUAAAGAAGAUGGGGAUUGCUCCCCGUCUUUAAGUCUCUGUGGCAGUUGUCAGCCUUCUGUGGAGUCAGCAGAGGAAUCCUGCUCAUCUCUAACGGCAGCCUUGAAGGAACUCCAUGAACUUUUGGUCAUUAGUAGUAAACCAGCUUCAGAAAAUACAUCUGAAGAAGUUAUCUGUCAAUCAGAAAUGGUAACUGAGGGCCAAACAGGUGGGAAGGACCUUUCUGAAAGAUGGACCCAAAGUGAGCAUGUUGUAGUUACCCAGAACGAAGAGCGUUCACAAGUCUCCUUUCAUCAGACCGUAACUGUAUCGGUGAGGGCAGAAAAGUUAACAGACACUUCAAAUGGUGCUGGAGUAGAAGAUGUAGAAGAUAUUAAUGUCAGGGAUCCAGGUGAUGGCCUAGUAACUGAUAAGGAAAGUGUCCCCGAGUCUAGGGAAUCCGAGAACAAGAGCAGUUCUGACGCUCUAGCCUCAGCAAAAACGUCUAAUCAAUUACACUGCACCUUAGGUGUAGAAAUCUCACCCAAACUUUCAGCAGGUGAGGAGGAUGGUGUCAGUCCCACAUCUGAGCAAACGAAGUCCUGGUCCAAUUUCACGUUGGUUGAAGAUCUGGGUCAGGGCGCACAGAAUCCGGUGACAGACGGGCCUGAGACACGACAGGAUGUCUGUCCUGAAGCCGCAGGGCCACUUGUUGACUUUGAGCCGCCCACCAGCCACCCAUCAUCAAGUCCCUCCGUUCUUCCACCACUGAUUUUUCCUGCUGCAGACAUUGACCGGAUUCUCCGUGCCGGCUUCACUUUGCAGGAAGCUCUUGGGGCUUUGCAUCGAGUUGGCGGAAAUGCAGACCUUGCACUUCUUGUUUUGCUCGCAAAGAACAUUGUAGUUCCUACAUAACCAAGGAAAAGUGGGCUAAACCAUCCUCCAUUCCCUUAAAAAAAAAAAAAAAAAAAAAAAAGCUAUAGACACACAACACACACUCUCUCUCUCUCUCUCUCUCUCUCUCUCUCUCUCUCCCCCCCUCUCCUCUCUCCUCUCUCUCUCUCCCUCUCUCUCUCUCUCUCUUUCACUCACCACGUACACAGUAUAUGUAGAAACCUGCAAGCAGAAUGUUGAGCCAGAUUUUUUUUAAAGAUUUUUUUCGGCCAAAGUAACUUAUCUCUUGUCUGAUGAAUUUGUCUAUUCUAUUUGUUAAAAUUUGGGCCUUUUAAAUGUAUUGGCAGUAUGUGCAUACAAAAGCUUUUUAUUAUCAAGAUGAUGUAUUCUGGAAUAAAAUUGAUGGUUUUGUGUAUAGCAUACCAUUUUAGAAUGAGAGUGAGUGCUUUAAAAAGCAGAAGCCAUGAGAAACCCUACCACCCAUGCAGCUGAAAGCAGAUCACCUUCCCUCUUUGGCUGUGUCUGUGCUGUAGGCAGGGUAUGGCUUGUUGGCUCAAUUGUCCAUUUACAGACUUGAUCACAUGGUGUGGUGUUUGGAAUUACACUUAGUGCUCUGUGUAUUGGUGAUGCAUCAGUUAUAAGAGGAAGUUGAAGAAUAAUUGAGUGAUCUCUCCUAGAGUGGUAUGUUUUUAUUUGUGUGGUUAGGAUUUGGCAGUUUUAUGGGGUGAGUUGGGAGGAUUUAAAACUUGGGCUGCUCUGUACGCGACAGGCUGCCGCAUGAAUUGCCAAGUAUUUUGGGGUGGGGGGGAAUCAACAUCAGAAUGGAACGUGGUGCUACCCAGAUAGAAAAGGGAAAAGCGUGUAAUUCUGUUUGCAAAUGUUUGGUGAUGUUUCAAGGACCGGGAGUGAAAAAUAAUGGCCUGAACGCUGGAAUUUACUAGAGAGUGGGUUUGCGAGCAUCUUACUGAUCUCACCUCAACCCUUAGUGACCAACAAUGAACCCAGAGUUCUGCUAAGGGGUUGAUUUGCCUGCAGUUCAUUUCCUUUCUAAGCUCAUCUACUGGGAAGUGCUUCCAAAGCUCAGUGUGAGCCGCGAUCGGAGUGAGAUAUUGUGAAGUGUGAUAACCUUGUCGCUGGUUCAUCUUGGUGCUUGGAAUGGUCAGCCUGUUUGGUGAGUGGCCUUUACGGCAAUGGAAAUAGUAAUGGCAGUUCCUGACUCAAGUGGCCUUGGUAGAGAUUUCCAUCCCUUUCUUUCCUCAGGAGUUUCUUUUUUAAAGCAGGCGGCGUCACAUUUGUGUUUACCAUGUCAAGGUAGAGUGGGGCAUAGUGUAUAGAUGUAUUUAUUGUGGCCUUUUUUUAUAUGAGGACUAGCCCUUGGAAAUCAUUGUCCUGUGGGCCCCACUGUGCAAUAAUCCUACUGGAUAGAUUUUAGGUAGUUUUUCCCAGAAAAUAAAUUAUCUUAUGUACCCAGCAGGAAUCUGAAAUCUUGGUUUUAUUGAAAAGAAUUUUGAGAAUGACUCCUGAUUCCAAGCUAGAGUUUGCAAUGUGUUUGAAACAGAUGCUUCGAAAGGGUGAUUCGUGAACUUAGUGUUAAAUGAUUUUGUGUGAAGUCUUACUCUCUUUGCAAGCUUAUUCUUUCUUUCAAAAUUCAAGUCAUUGAGCACAAUCAAAACGGAGGCUCAUAUCUCAGGAGUUUUUGACAUUUUCAUUUGGGGGCACUUAGAGACCUUUCUCUUCUGUCCUGUUCCGUCUCCUUUUCUUUUUGCUGUGACGUUUGUAUGUAUGUUGUGAGUCUUCAGUGAUGUGGCGGAAAGUCACAUAGAUUCAUCAUGAUCCUCCGAAGUUGGGAGAUGGUUGGCAGAAGGAGUUGUGGUUUACUGUUUUCACGAGGGCGCUCCGAACAGCAGGUCAGCCAGGUUGUCUUUAAGAUGUUCUUUGAGACAAUCACAUGCUGCAGACCCUUUUGCCUGCCCCACACCAAAGACGUAAGAUGCACUAGGAAACUGCGUGUAGGAUUUCUGUCAACCGACUCUUAGAGCUGCGGCCAUAAUUAAGUAGUUGGUGCUAUGAGGGAAGCAAAAUCCAGUAGCAAUGCAGUGGCCCCUGUAUUUGCUUUAUGGGUGGUAACUGGGAAUUUAUUCUAAGCUAAUAAAUCUUUAGGGUUAUAAAGUGGGGUGGGUGUGAGGUGGGGGAAGUUAUCAGUGACAACAGACCCCUCCCAAGAGGCCUUCUGGGUGAAGACGGGCCUCCUAGUCUUUCUGAGCAGUGGCACACUGCUCAGCGGCUUGGCCACUGAAUUUUCACAGUGCGGAGAUCUGGGAAUCCAUCCUAGGUAGAAUACAGAAUAUCAGUGUGGAAGAGGUUUUAUUACAAUAGCUUUUUACGUAUGUAUAUUUAUUUUUAGGAGAAAAUCGAAUAGGCCUAUAGUUGUACAUGUAUUCUCCUUAGGAGUACCUUGAAUGAAUGAGCUGAACCCUCUUGCCAGAUAGCCUUGUCCUUUUUCAUCAUUUAUUUUUCAGUGUAUAAUUGCUUUGGAUCCUUAAAACUUUAUUUUCCUGUCCCAUCAUUUGUAUGAACGUAAAGUCGCUGACAUUAUUAGGAUUUUGAAUAAUUUUAAAUCACGCAGUUCUUAAAACACAAAGGGAAUUAAGGAACACGACACUAGUGAACUUUGUCAGUUUUACUAAAAGUGCAGAGAUUCGAGAUUAACUUCUCUAAAAACGAGGUAAAAUCAUUGUGAACUCCUCUGGUGGCCAACAGAACUGAUCCUGGCCAGCCAUCGACAGUAACGGGCCACCUUUCUGGAUAGCUUCUUUGCCGUAACCAGUAACGGACGGUUCUGUGGUCAGUGCUCCCCUCCAAGGGUGGUCUCUGUUUACUCACCAGAGAGAGGAGAAGGUUGUCCUUCCUGGAGGACUUCUGCAGUUUACCUUAAGUUGAUUUCCAUGGGUAGGAAUGUGCUUGGUGACCAGACAGCUGUGCCUAACACAGCUGUAGAUUUUGCCCACUGAAGCUGGGAAGAAGGAUUUCCACUUGUACCUGUGUAGGCCCCCGGGCCCCAGCCAGCAGCCUUCAUCCCUCAGUUUGGGCUUUAGGCGUUAACAUCUAAAGAUUACCAGUGGCUUGGCAAAGAGAAUGGGAUAGGUGGUGGGUGGGUGUUAAAACUGGUCUGCCUUGGAGCCUAUGAAACCUCCCAGCGCUCCUUGUCUCCAUAUGUACUAAAGGAAGACACAGCCCGUGUGGUUGUUUUUUUUUUUUUUUUUUUUUUU